CCUCCCUUCCUCUCUACCGCAGGGUGGUGAUGCAGCUAUGGAGUUGAAAGGAACUACAGGAAGCGUGUUUGUGGUCUUCCUCUGCUCUGUGGCAGUGGUGCUGGGUCAGCCUGGCUGGGGAGUGACUUACACCCUCCAGAGUGUCUGUGCUUUGAGAGGCUCAUCAGUGAGCCUGUCCUGCUCCUAUACUUACCCCAGAGGUCACACAGUCACCACAACAGAGUGGUGUAAAAAGAAGUCUGGUCAACGAUACACCUACAAAAUCCAGGACCAAGCAGAGUAUGCAGGUUGUGUGCAGUACGUUGGGGAUAAGGACAGAGACUGCACCCUGACGAUCACAGACCUGAGAGAGACUGACUCAGCAUUCUACUACUUCAGAUUCAAAACAGCAUAUUUUUCACAAUGGAGAGGUGGCUCACAACAAAUCUCUCUCUCAGUCACAGCUCUGCAGGUGACGGUAACAGGACUAUACAGAUAUAAGACCCUGACCUGUAGCUCCACCUGUACUCUGACUGGCUCCAGCUACAUCUGGUACCAGAACAACCAACACCUGCAAGGAGAAACCAGGAACCAGUACAGUAAAAAUGUCUACAGUGAUGAUGUCAACAGCUACUCCUGUGCAGUAGCAGGCCAUGAGGACCUCCGCUCUCCUGCAGUGUGUGUUUCUGGUCAGAACUUCUGGAGUGUGAAUUACUCCACCAGCAGGGUGUGUGCCUUGAGAGGCUCAUCAGUGGACAUCUCCAGCUCCUACACACACCCUAGUUGCUAUAAGACCACCAAUACAUUCUGGUUUAAAAUGAAAAGUCAGGUCAGUGACCUGAAAGAUUAUUCUGAGUACACAGGUCGUGUUGAAUACAUUGAACGUAAGGUGAUGAACCACCACACUCUGAGAAUCACAGGCCUGAGAGAGACUGACUCAGCUCAGUACAAGUUCAAAAUGAUAACAGAUAAAGAUGGGAAGUAUUCUGGCUCUCCUGGAGUGCAGCUGACUGUCACAGGUCUUCAGGUGGAGGUGACUCCGUCCACAGUGAUGGAGGGACAGAGGGUGACCCUGACCUGUAACUCCACCUGUCCUCUGACUGGUAACUCCUCUUACACCUGGUACAAGAACAACCAAACCAGGCCAGAGACCCAACAGAAGCUCCUGUACCUGGACCCAGUCAGCAGUGAUGAUGCAGGCAGAUACUCCUGUGCUGUGACAGAACACCAGCAUCUCCGCUCUCCUGAAGAGAUUCUCAAUGUUACAUACAAACCAAGAAUUCUAUCAGUGUCAGUCAGUCCCUCUGGUGAAGUAGUGGAGGGCAGUUCAGUGACUCUGACCUGCAGCAGUGAUGCUAACCCACCAGUGCAGACAUACACCUGGUACAAGGAGAACAUCACCUCAUCUAAAUCAUCUGGACAGAACUACACCAUCACUAACAUCAGCUCUGAGGACAGUGGAGGAUACUACUGUCAGGCUGGGAAUACAAUAGGAGCUACAAACUCCUCUGUUGUAAUGAUCACUCUGAUCAUUAGCACAGGGAUCUCAACAGCUCAGGCUGCAGCAGCAGGAACCACAGUCUCUGUUCUCCUGGCCGUCAUCCUCCUCUCUGCCUGCCUCCUCUUCGGGAAGAAGAAGACCAACUGCAGUAAUUCCAGGCACCCGGUAGAUAAUGGACAGGACACACACACAGGCCAGCAGGAUGACGUCCUCUACACCACCGUCGACUUCUCUCGCUCCAAGACCCAAGACGUCCCCCUCUACGCCACCAUCCAAUCAGUGCAGCCCCAGAACCAGGAAGAGGAUGUGCAGUACGCUGCUGUGCAGUUCAACCGGUCCAGUCCUGCCCCCUGGUGAGCAUAUCAUGUCAUUACAUCAGAUGGAACAGGACUGAAUUGAUACAACAUCAUUUAUCCCGACUGGAAAUUCAGGAUUUCAACAGGUAAAUCACAGUUUCUCUGACAAAGUUUUAAAUGUUGAACCUAACGGUGUUGA